AUGCUUGAUGUUGAGAUUCAAUUGCCUGAUCUUGAACUACGUCGGACGCAGUCAGGAUGGUCCAGCGCACAGCUCCUUUCCCCAAGUCGGGAGAUUCUGUUUGUUUUCAUGGUCUGCAUGACUCAAUUCUCGACUCAAAUAGGACUCGGUUGCACCUUGUCUGCGUCGAAAAUUAUCGCAGACAGCUUCAACAUCACUGACCCUGGAAUCAUGAGUUGGUUUAUUGCCGGUUAUUCGUUAACCGUCGGUACUUUCAUCUUGUUUUUCGGAAGAUGUGGCGAUCUAUUUGGCUAUCAUAACUUUUACAUCAUCGGCUUCUUCUGGACUGGCAUAUGGUCUAUGGUCGCAGGAUUGAGUGUCUAUUCCGGCUCCGUGCUAUUCAUUUUUGCUCGCACCGUGCAGGGACUAGGCCCUGCUAUGCUCUUACCAAAUGGAUUGGCCCUUCUGGGAGCCGCGUACAAACCUGGUAAAAAGAAGGACAUGGUCUUCGCAAUCUUUGGUGCCACUGCCCCCAAUGGAGCUGUCAUUGGCGCUGUCUUUGGCGCAAUUUUUGGUCAACUCGCUUGGUGGCCUUGGAUCUUCUGGUCUAAUGCAUUGGUCUGUUAUGUGAUGGCUAUCUUGGGUUAUUUUUUGAUCCCACCUGUGUGUCAUGUCACAAAGCCUGGAGUUGGGAUGUGGGAAUUGGUAGAAGAGCUAGAUGUUUUCGGUGCCAUCUUGGGAGUACUUGGUUUGGUCCUGGUGAACGUAGCGUGGAAUGUGGCCCCAAUCGUGGGAUGGCAAAUAACCUACGUCUAUGUUUUAUUAAUUUUAGGUGCGAUAUUUUUGGGUAUUUUCUUGAUGUGGGAAUUCCAAAUAGCUCGAAAGCCUCUUAUCCCAAUUCAUGCUUUGAGCAUGGACGUUUCUUUUGUGCUUGGAUGCAUCGCAUGCGGCUGGGCGAGCUUCGGAAUUUGGGUUUACUAUUUUUGGAAAUUCCUGGAAGAUAUACGCAGGGACACACCUCUUAUCGCGGCCGCGCAGUUUGUCGUCCCUGGGUUAGGUGGAAUUGCCGCCUCUUGUACGACGGGCUACCUCAUGAGUCGGAUUCGACCUGGAUGGAUCAUGCUUUUUGCUAUGAUUGCUUUUACGCUUGGAAACCUCCUCCUUGCUAUAGCCCCUGCGCAUCAAACCUAUUGGGCGUUAACCUUCGUGUCUCUUUUAGUCACCCCGUGGGGUAUGGACAUGUCAUUCCCUGCAUCAACUGUGAUGUUAUCAAAUUCGGUGGCGCGCAAGCACCAAGGCAUGGCCGCUUCAUUGGUCACGACUAUUGUCAACUAUAGUAUAUCCUUGGGUCUUGGCUUUGCAGGAACUGUGGAGGUCCAUGUCAAUAAUGGGGGCGAUACCCUACAUCAUGUACUGAUUGGAUACCGAGGUGCUUUGUAUAUGGGUAUUGGUCUUGGUGGGUUGGGAAUUGCUAUUAGUUUGAUCUAUCUACUAAGAAGUGGUUUCAAAGAUAAGAUAAUUGAGUGA